CCACCUUGCGGCAGCGCGAUGGCCAGCGAGGCCGGCGAGCCGGCGGCCGGCCGGGCCCUGGCCCAGCUGAGCGACUCGGAGCUGGGCGGCUGCAGCAAGGAGGAGCUGGUGCGGCGGCUGCGGCAGGAGGAGGCGGAGAAGCUGGCGGCGCUGGUGCAGCGGGGGCGGCUGAUCCAGGGCGUCAAUCGGCAGCUGCAGGAGCAUCUGCGGGAGAUCCGCGAGCUGAAGCAGGUGAACGAGCGCCUGGCGGCCGAGAACCGCGAGCUCCGCGACCUCUGCUGCUUCCUGGACGACGACCGGCUGAAGGCCAAGCGGCUGGCCCGGGACUGGCAGCUGUUCGGGCAGCAGGCGGCCCGGGUGCUGCGGGACGAGCUGGCCGCCUGCCUGCACAAGCUGGCCGGGCUGGAGGGGCUGCAGGAGCGCCUGGCCGCCGAUAACCUGGAGCUCAAGGCGCUCUGCCUGGCGCUGGAGGAGGAGUGCGCCGCCCGCGCCGACAGCAGCCCCGUGGGCUCCUCGGAGCUCAGCCUGCCCUGCGGGCCCCGGGACCUGGGCGACGGCAGCUCCAGCACCGGCAGCGUGGGCAGCCCGGACCAGCUGCACCUGGCCUGCUCGCCCGAGGACUAGAGACUCCCCCGAGCGGGUGGGGGGCCAGGACCCACCCGGACUAGGGACCUCCCCUGGGGCCUACCCCCCGGACUGUACUCCCCCAAGGGGCCGGAGGGGUGGGGGCCAGGAGCCCCCCCUCGAGGGAGCUGCUCCCCAGUGACUUCACCCACCCGCCUGCAUCGGAAGGACUGGAGAGCAGAGGCAGGCUGUUGGUGGGGGUCUCUCCCCUGGGGUCUGGGGAAGGGGUGCUGCAGAGGAUGCGGGGGGGCGGGGGUGGUCACCUCCGUGAAGAUCCCAGUGCAGACUUUGGGGGGGUAGGGAAUGGAGCUGGGAACUGGGGGGGGGAAGGUCAAAGAUGCAUUUUGGGUGCUACCCCCCCCCAGAAGCAGCGUCUCUCUUAGCUUCUUCACCAACCUCUCCCCCGCCCCCAGGUGCUAACUCCAACCCCGCGGUGUAGCGAGAGCAGUGUGACUCAGGCGACGGGGGAGAUUAGGGCAAACCCUCCCCCCCAAAAAAGUAAAAAUAAUAAAUGUUUUAAAAUUGCUACUUUGGGCAAA